CGGGCACAGGUUCCCGACACUCGUCGGCCCCACCUACCUGCCGGCCCCCGCGGCGCUGCCCCACCUCCCGCCCCGACCGAGGGCCGGGCAGCCACUGGGAGGAGUCGCUGCACCGCGCAGGUUUUUAAAUGCGCAGGGCGCGGGGCGCGGAGCUAUCGGAGGGACUGCGGUUCCAGCGCCGGAGCGGAGCAGACUGACAGGACACGUGUGACCUCAACUGGGUUCUGCAAGACCAGCUGUUUGCAAUGAAUGGCCAGGUCACUCCUCCUCUUGAUACCCUGUUCACCAACGGUGCUGAGCAGGCCUUCAUCCCCAAAAACAUGAAGGCUGGGCCGGGAGCCAGUGCCCCCUCCAAGCCCCAGGCAGAGGCAGCCGCACCCUCCAGAGCCAGGAGCAUUGCAGGGGUGCGUGUGGAGGCCUCAGGGCAGACGCUGAGUGUCUAUGCUGCCAUGAAGCGGAGCCUGCUGCCCGCAGGGCUGGGGUUGGCUCUGCUGGAGGCCCAAGCAGCCACUGGGGGCCUGGUGGACCCCGCCCAGGGCCAGCUGCUGUCCGUGUCUGAGGCCCUGCGGCAGGGCCUGGUAGGGCUGGAGCUGAAGGAAAAGCUGCUGGCUGCCGAGCGCGCGGUCACUGGCUAUCCUGACCCCUAUGGGGGCGAGAAGCUGGCCCUCUUCCAGGCCAUCAGGAAGGAAGUUGUCAACAGAACUCUGGGAAGCCGCUGGCUGGAGGCCCAGCUGGCCACUGGAGGCCUGGUGGACCCCGUCCAGGGCAUGCGAGUUGCCCCAGCACUAGCCUGCCAGAAGGGCCUCCUGGACCAGGAGACGUGGCUCAGUCUGGAUGGGCAGGAGCCCAGCAUGGACACCCCGGGUUUCCUUGACCCCAACACACUGGAGCCGCUGCCGUACUCCGCCCUUCUGGGCCGGUGUGUGGAGGACCCUGGCUCAGGGCUGGCCCUGCUGCCACUCAAGACCACCUUCCAUACCCUGUGUGGGGCGGCCAGUGUGGCUGAGCUGCUGGAGGCAGGGGUCCUGGACGAAGAGACAGUCCAAGGCCUGCAGGAGGGCACUCUGACAGAGCCGGGCGUGAGUGCUCGCCCUGAGGUGAGGCGCCACCUGGAGGGCACUGGCGGUGUGGCAGGGGUCGUCCUGCUGCCUGAAGGCCACAAGAAGGGCUUCUUCCAGGCUGCAGCCGAGCACCUGGUCCCCAUGGGUGCUGUACUCCCGCUCCUGGAAGCUCAGGCUGCCACCCACACCCUGGUGGACCCAGUGACAGGCCGGCAGCUGUAUGUGGACGAGGCGGUCAGGGUCGGCCUGGUGGGCCCAGAACUUUAUGAGCAGCUGCUGGUGGCAGAGCAGGCGAUGACUGGGUACCAUGACCCCUUUAGCAGCUCCCGCAUCCCCCUCUUCCAGGCCAUGAAGAAGGACUUGGUGGACAGGUCGCUGGCCCUGCGCCUCCUAGAUGCCCAGCUGGCCACGGGUGGACUGGUCUGCCCUACCCGUAGGUUCCGGCUACCUCUGGAGGCUGCCCUGCGUCUUGGCCUCCUGGAUGAAGAGACUUGGCAGCACCUCUCCCAGGCCACGGGCUUCUCAGACCCCAGCACACACAGCAACCUGUCUUACGGGCAGCUGCUGGCCCUCUGUGUCACUGACCCAGAGACGGGGCUUGCCUUCCUACCUCUCCCUGGGGGACCCCGUAGAGAGGUGCCCCAGGGACCCCCAUUCAUUGGCCACCACACUCGGGAGGCCUUGAGUGCAGCCCUGACCUCCGUCUCUGUGGGGAAGUUCCAGGGCCGGCCCGUGUCCCUCUGGGAGCUGCUGUUCUCUGAGGCCGUCUCUGUGGAACAGAGGUCAAGGCUGGCCCAGCAGCACCAGGAAGGGACCCUCUCAGCAGAAGAGCUGGCAGCAGAGCUGAAGGCCAUCAUUGAGCAGGCUGAAGCCACAGCCAGGGUCACCUUUAUUGGACUGAGGGACACUGUGACUCCGGGAGAGUUGCUGAAGGCGGAGAUCAUUGACCAGAAGCUCUAUGAGCAGCUAGAACACGGGCAGACCUCAGCCCACGACGUGGGCAGCUUGGACUCUGUGCGGAGGUACCUGCAGGGCACGGGCUGCAUCGCUGGCCUGCUUCUGCCCGGUUCCCAGGAGCGCCUCAGCAUCUACGAGGCCCGCAGGAAGGGACUUCUCCGGCCCGGCACUGCACUCAUCCUCCUGGAGGCCCAGGCUGCCACCGGCUUCAUCAUCGACCCCAAAGAAAACAGAAGGCACUCGGUGGAAGAGGCACUGAGAGCUGGUGUCAUUGGGCCUGAUGUGUACCUGAAGCUGCUGUCCGCCGAGCGCGCCGUCACCGGCUACACCGACCCCUACUCCGGGGAGCAGAUCUCGCUCUUCCAGUUGAUCCUGUUAGACCCCUCUGACGACACCAAGGGCUUCUUCGACCCCAACACCCACGAGAACCUCACCUACCUGCAGCUGCUGGAGCGCUGCGUGGAGGACCCCGAGACGGGCCUGCGCCUCCUGCCACUUAGCAGCACACGGCCUCAGCUGGUGGACCGCAGCUCCCGGCAGGACUUACAGAACCUGGUGCUUCCUGUGCAGUGUGGAAGGUUCCGGGGACAGAGGGUCUCAGCCUGGGACCUAAUCAACUCUGAGUACUUCAGUGAGACCUGGAGGAGGCAGCUGCUGCAGCGCUAUGGACAGCGCAAGGUCACACUGGAGCAGGUCACGCAGCUGCUGCACAGAGAGUCAGGGAGGUGGGCAGACAUCACACUGCCAGCACUUCGGGGCCGGGUCACCAUCGGCCAGCUCCUGGAGGCUCAGAUCAUCGACCAGGACCUCCUGGAACAAGUUCUGGCAGGGACAGUCAGCCCUGAUGCCCUCUUCCACAUGGCCAGCGUCCACAGGUACCUGCAGGGCUCGGGCUCAGUGGCUGGGGUGCUGCUGCAGCCCUCCCAACAGAGGCUCAGCCUUUAUCAGGCCAUGAAGCAGAAGCUGCUGGCGCCUGGCGUGGCCCUGACCCUGCUAGAGGCCCAGGCAGCCACGGGGGCCAUCACAGACCCCAGCAGUCUGGAGAUACUGUCCGUGGACGAGGCGGUGCGCAGGGGCGUGGUGGGGCCAGAGGUGUGCAGCAGGCUGCGGUGGGCCGAGGGUGCCGUCACUGGCUUCAGAGACCCUUUCUCGGGGAAGAGAGUAUCCCUGUUCCAGGCCAUGAAGAAGGGCCUGGUCCCAAUGGAGCAGGCUGCCCGGCUGCUGGAGGCCCAGGUGUCAACAGGAGGAGCCAUUGACCCCACAGGCCACCACCACCUCCCCUUGCCUGUAGCCAUCCAGCGGGGCUUCAUAGACCGAGAGAUGGACGUGGCCUUGUCCAGCUCUCCCAAGACCUUCCCCACGCCAGACGGCCAGGGCUUCACCAGCUAUGCCCAGUUGCUGGAGAGGUGCCCCCGGGACCAGGCCUCUGGCCUCCAUCUCCUGCCUCUGGCAGAAGAUGCUCCUGCCAUUCCCACUGACACUCAGCUCCAGGACAUCCUGCAGGGCACACCAGGGAGUGAGGACGGCAAGUCCCUCUGGGACCUGCUCACCUCCUGCCACUUCACUGAGGAGCGGCGCAGAGGCCUCCUGGAGGACUUGCGGGUUGGGAAGGUCUCCGUGCCACAGCUACAGGCCACUGUGUGCAGCUGUGUACAGGAGGCAGAGCUCCUGGCCCAGGCCCGUGUGACACUGCCAGGUCCCCGGGGUGAGGUUCCUGCCGUCUGGCUGCGGGACGCUGGCAUCAUCACCCAGGAGGCCCUGGCCGCACUGGCUCAGGGCACAAAGUCGCCCUCUGAGGUGGCAGAGCAGCCGGCAGUGAGGGCCCACCUCUGGGGCACGGGCUGCGUGGCUGGGGUACUGCUCCAGCCCUCUGGGACUAAAGUGAGCAUCGCCCAGGCCAUGAGGGAUGGCCUCCUGCCCACAGGCCUGGGACAGAGACUGCUGGAGGCCCAGGUGGCCUCUGGCUCCCUUGUUGACCCACUGAACAACCAAAGAUUAUCGGUGGAGGAUGCAGUGAAGGCCGGCCUGGUAGGCAGGGAGCUGAGUGAGCAGCUCAGCCAGGUCGAGAGGACUGUGGCCGGGUACACAGACCCCUACUCAGGGGGCUCCCUCUCUCUGUGGCAGGCCAUCGAGAAGGGGCUUGAGCCCGAGAGUGAGGGCCUCCCCCUCCUGCAGGUGCAGCUGGCCACGGGGGGCCUAUUAGACCCUGUUCAUGGGGUGCAUCUGCCUCAGGCAGCGGCCUGCAGGCUUGGCCUCCUGGACGAGCAGACGAGCUGGGCACUGACCACCACCACGGAGGACAACAAGUUCUUCUUUGACCCUAAUUCCCGGGUCAGGGUGACAUAUGGGCAGCUCAAGGAGCUGUGUGUGCUGGAUGCUGAUACCGGCUUGUGGCUGCUGCCACUCACUCAGGACGCUGUGCUUGAGGUGGACGAGCACACCGCAGUGGCUCUGAGGGCCAUGAAGGUGCCUGUCAGUAUGGGGAGGUUCCAAGGGCGCAUCGUGUCACUCUGGGACCUGCUACACUCCGAGUACAUCAGUGCUGACAAGAGGCGGGAGCUGGCAGCACUCUGCCGGUCUGGGCGAGCCACAGCCCUGCGGCAGGUGGUCAGUGCGGUCACUGCCCUAGUGGAGACUGCAGAGAAGCAGUCCCCACAGGCCACCUUUAGAGGGCUCCGGAAGCAGGUGUCAGCCAGGGACCUGUUCAGGUCUCAGCUGAUCAACAAGCAGACGCUAGAUGAGCUGACCCAGGGGAAGAAGACGGUGCAGGAGGUGACAGAGAUGGCCAGUGUGAGGCGGUCUCUGGAAGGAGGCAACUUCAUUGCCGGAGUCCUCAUCCAGGGCACCAAGGAGAAGAUGAGCAUCCCAGAGGCCCUGAGAAGGCACAUCCUGCGGCCCGGCACGGCCCUGGUGCUGCUGGAGGCGCAGGCGGCCACCGGCUUCAUCAUCGACCCGGUGAAGAAUCAGAAGCUGACCGUGGAACAGGCGUUCCAGGCAGGCAUGUUUGGCAGGGAAACUUACGGGAAGCUGCUGUCCGCCGAGCGCGCCGUCACCGGCUACACCGACCCCUACUCCGGGGAGCAGAUCUCGCUCUUCCAGGCCAUGCAGCGCGACCUCAUCGUCAGGGACCACGGCAUCCGCCUGCUGGAGGCCCAGAUCGCCACGGGCGGCGUCAUCGACCCGGUGCACAGCCACCGCGUGCCCGUGGAGGUGGCCUACCAGCGCGGCUACUUCGAUGAGGAGAUGAGCCGCGUGCUGGCGGACCCCAGUGACGACACCAAGGGCUUCUUCGACCCCAACACCCACGAGAACCUCACCUACAUGCAGCUGCUGGAGCGCUGUGUGGAGGACCCCGAGACGGGCCUGCACAUGUUGCAAAUCGUAAAGAAAGGAGAACCCUAUGCCUAUAUUGACGAGGCCACGAAGCAAGCUCUGCGGUCCACAACUGUGAACAUGCACGUGGGGAGGUUUGCCGGUCGGACUGUGUCUGUCUGGGACCUGCUGUCCUCGCAGUACUUCAGCGAGAAACGGAAAAGAGAGCUUGUGUGGGAGUACAGAGAGCAGAAGGUGGGACUAGAGGAACUGGUGGAGGUCAUCAGAACCACCAUCAAGGAAACAGAGGAGCAAAACCAAGAUAUCAGAUUGGCAGCCAUCCACGGGGACACGACAGCCGCAGAACUGUUCAACUCUGGGGUCAUCGAUAAGGAGACCCUGGAUGCACUUCACAAGGAGGACAGUGGACACCAGGACCUGCAGCAGCUGGAGUGCGUGCGUGUGUGCCUGGAGGGCAGUGGCUGCAUUGCUGGGGUGACUGUACCCUCCACCCAGGAGGUCAUGGGCUUCAACGAGGCCUGCAGGAAGGAGCACAUCCCUGCGGGGUUCGCAGCCCAGAUGCUGGAGGCACAGGCAGCCACUGGGUUCAUGUGGGACCCUCGCACUCAUCAGAAGCUGCCAGUGGACGAGGCCCUGGCAGCUGGCCUGGUGGAUGAGGAGCUUCGGGAACGGCUGCACAUGGCUGAGAAAGCCGCCAAGGGCCACAGAGACCCAGCCACAGGGGAGACCAUACCACUGUUCCAGGCCAUGAAAAAGAAGUUGGUCGGAAGGGAAGAGGCACUAAGGCUGCUGGAGGUGCAGGUGGCCACAGGGGGCAUUGUGGACCCACAGCACCACCACCGAAUCCCCCUGGACAUGGCCUGCAUGCGGGGCUGCCUAGAUGAGGAAACGAAAAUGCUCAUCGUGGAUCAGAAGCACAUGAGGAGAAGGUUCCUGGACCCGAACACGCAGGAGAAGGUCACAUACCAAGAGCUGCAGGAUAGGUGCAAGAGGGACGAAAGGUCAGGAUGGACCCUUUUCCCAGUGGUCAAGGACACAAAGGACUCAGAGUAUGUUGAUGAGGCCACCAAAAGGGCACUGGAAGCACAGCAGGUAGAAAUAACAGUUGGAAGGUUCAGAGGCCAGCGGCCUUCAGUAUGGGAGCUCCUGAACUCAGAGUAUGUGACUCGAGAGAAGAAGCUGGAGCUGGUCAAGGCCUACCGCCAGGACACUGCAGGAGCCCUGGAGAAAGUGGUACAAAAAAUUCUGCAAAUAAUUGCAGAAAAAGAAAAGAAGAGCAGACCAAUGUGGUUCAGGGGUUUCCGAAAGCAGAUCACAGCAGCCGAGCUGCACAGCUCAGGUAUCAUAAACAGAGAGACCCUGGAGGAUCUGGAAGAGGGCCGACAGACAGUGCAGCAGGUACAAGCAGGGGAGGAUGUCCAGCGCUACCUGGAGGGCACUAGCUGCAUCGCGGGCGUGCUGGUGCCCGCCAGGGGCGAGCCUGGCCGCCAAGAGAAGAUGAGCAUCUACGAGGCCAUGUGGAAGGGCGUGCUGCGGCCCGGCACGGCCCUGGUGCUGCUGGAGGCGCAGGCGGCCACCGGCUUCGUCAUCGACCCGGUGCACGACCGCAGGCUGUCUGUGGAGGAGGCCGUGGCCACCGGCGUGGUGGGCGGCGAGAUCCGGGAGAAGCUGCUGUCCGCGGAGCGCGCCGUCACCGGCUACACCGACCCCUACUCCGGGGAGCAGAUCUCGCUCUUCCAGGCCAUGCAGCGCGACCUCAUCGUCAGGAUGAGCCGCGUGCUGGCGGACCCGAGCGACGACACCAAGGGCUUCUUCGACCCCAACACCCACGAGAACCUCACCUACAUGCAGCUGCUGCAACGGGCCACUGUGGACCCUGAAACUGGUCUCUUGUUUCUCCUUGUAUCUAAUUAAUGUUUAAUAGAUUUGUUUUUCUUCCUUUCUGAAUAUUUCUUACAACUUAAAGUAAUUGUUUGCUUUUGCCUCUGAAUGUUCUAUUUUUUUUUUAAACUUGACAUCCUUUUCCUGGCCAGUCCUUUCUCCUAUGUGUUUAUGCCUUCUUUGUUUUCUGAUUUUGUGUCCAUUCAUUUGGUUUUCCGUCUCUUUUCUGAUUUUUUUGGCAUUAUUUCUGACAAUUUUCAUUUAUUCCCUUGUGUCCCUCAGUGUUUUUUAGUUGCCUGAGUCUUUGUUUGUAAUCCUCCCUUCUUUAGCUGCUUCAGGUAGAAUGGAGGUGGGGAUUUUUUGGCUCUCUGGGUACACACUGAAGUGCUCCUGCUGAUUUGCUGUAGUCCAUUUGUUCGUCCUCUACACUGCUUUCAAUCAACUGGAUGUUUUGCUUGAUGUCAUUCCCAUCCUGUAACAUCUCAGAUAAGUGUCUGUGGUUGGUGGAGGUCCUGGUGUGUGCGUUGUGUUUCCAUCUCACUGUAGUAGACCGUGGAUACCAAUUUACUUUGAUCUCUCAGCCCAGCUUGCUGUUCCACCAAAGUACAACUAGUGACCUGCUUGGAUCUGGAGCAUUCCCAGGAGUAUAAUUUGCAAGGGAAUGUUUAUGUAUGGAGAAGUUUCAUGUUUGUUUGUUUUUUUACUAUUAUUAAAUAACAGAAGUUUA